AUGACCGAUACCGCCACGGAACCCUUAUUCUCGAAUCAUGACGACUUGCCAGACGGUGCGCGCGACCACUAUGAGGACGAUGAGGUAGAACAAGAGGUUGAUGAAAGUGCGCUGCUAUCUCCGGGUUCAUUCAUUUGGGGCCUUACGAUAUGUGCGGGCGUGAGUGGGUUGUUGUUUGGCUAUGACACCGGCGUAAUAUCCUCCACGCUCAUAUCCAUCGGCUCGGACCUCUCGUCACACCCCCUCACCACCCUCGACAAGAGCCUCAUAACGUCGUGUACCUCCUUCUUCGCCCUACUCGCAUCACCACUCACGGGUAUAUUAGCCGACCAGUUUGGACGUAAGAAAGUCAUACUUGGUGCGGACAUUCUUUUCAUCCUAGGCGCCCUUCUACAGGCUUGGACAACAACAGUAUGGGGCAUGAUAGCAGGCCGGUCUAUCGUUGGCGCCGCCGUGGGGAGCGCGAGUUUCGUCGUACCACUCUAUAUAGGAGAGCUGAGUCCAGGGAAGUUUAGAGGGAGACUAGUAGUGGUGAGCAGUCUGUUCAUCACUGGUGGGCAGGUCGUGGCGUAUAUCAUCGGCUGGCUUUUCUCUGAGAGAGUGCAUGGCUGGAGAUGGAUGGUCGGGCUCGGCGCGCUACCUGCUGCUGUGCAGUUCUGCAUGCUCUUCUUCCUCCCGGAGACGCCCCGCUAUCUCGUCAAGGCGAAUUGUAAGGGACAGGCGAAACUCGUGCUGCAGAAAGUCUAUGGGCAAGGGGCGCAUGAUGGCUUGGUCAAUGCUGUGCUUAGAAGGGUAGAGCGAGAGAUUCUGGAAGAGGAGCAUGCAGCUGAAGUACGCGGUUCUCCGGGGGUUGCUAAGCGCGGUUGGAAAGCGAAGUUUGAGAAGAUCCAGGACAACUAUGCUCAAUUGAUCAUUGUGGGGGGGAAUAGGAGGGCGUUGGUUAUUGCGUGUAUGUUGCAGGGGUUCCAGCAACUCUGUGGAUUUAACUCGUUGAUGUACUUCUCCGCGACGAUCUUUUCCCUCGUCGGCUUCCGCUCCCCAACACUUACCUCGCUAUCCAUCGCAUUGACAAACUUCCUCUUCACCCUCGUGGCUUUUGCAUACAUCGACCGCAUCGGGCGGCGCAGGAUCCUCCUCUGGUCUGUCCCCAUUAUGAUCGCCGGCCUAACACUCUGCGCCAUCGCCUUCAAAUUCGUCCAAUUACCCGAGGAACGCGCAGCUACGACUACAACUCUACAGCAACCAGCCCGCACCUGGCCGCUCGUCAUCCUCUUCGCAAUGAUAACCUACGUCGCAGGCUACGCCAUCGGCCUAGGCAACGUGCCCUGGCAACAAAGCGAACUCUUCCCUCUCUCCGUCCGCUCCCUCGGCUCUGCGCUCUCCACCGCUACGAAUUGGGGGUCUAAUACCGUCAUUGGACUUAGUUUCUUGCCCAUGAUGGAGUUUUUCACGCCGGUCGGGACGUUUGCGCUGUAUGCCCUUGUUUGC